AUGCUCCAAGACGGUCAGACUGUUAUCCCAUGGGUAGAAGCAAUGUCGGCCAAAUCUGAAGAGCAGAUUCGGCCAAACCUUGCGAACCUCCGCAUAUAUGGCUGUGCAGCAUGGGUGCGCGACCGUCACCUAGCCAAGAAAGAUAAGAUGGCCUCGAGGGCUCAAUUGGGUUAUCUGAAGAUCUGGUUCCCUGCCACGGGCGUGUUAGCAACGAUUCCUACUAUUGAUCUAUGGCGUAUCGCUCCGAAAGAGGUGGAGUAUGAAGAAUCUUCGGAUGAAGAGAAUAUUCGAUAUCCUCGGCGAGACCCCGAAUCACUAUCUAAGGAUGCCGGCAAGCCGUCCCCCGCGAAGACGCCUGAACCAAUAUUUUGGCCGAUACCAGAGAAUACCCCGAUGCUGCCUAUUGGGCAGGAGAGAACCAUUACAGAGGUCCCCGGGGCAUUCCCAGAAGAACCACUCGAAGGCAGUGACACUGCAUUCCGUCCUCCUGCUAGUUUAGCUGAGGGGGUAAGGAUACCAAUAUCAAUAGCUGAGAUUGGACCAGAAGACCAGCUCAACAGCGAACUGUAUGAGGCUAUUCAGACGGAUCCACUAGAAGGUUAUCGAGAGAGAGGAUCGAUAGCGCCUAGGGAUAUUUCGGCAACGCUCACAGAGAGCAAUAUCGUGACGGGUAAGCGUACUCGAAAGCGUCCGAAGCACUUCGACGCGAUGAUUGCGACCAAAUACGGAGAGCAGGAAGAGGACUCGCAUGAAGGCCUUCUGUUAGCCUUCAAAGUAGCAAUGGCCUCUUUAAUAGACCAAGAUCGACUCAUGAGAGACGACCUACUACCAGAGCCGAAGAGGAGGCAGGAGAUGCUUUCCCAUCCGCAUCACGCAGGAUUUAUCAAGGCAGCCGAAUUGGAGAUAGAGACCUUGAAGAGAAAGGGCACAUUCGUCCAAACUGAACGCCCAAGAGACCGUUCGGUUCAAAUCUUGCCAUUGAAAUGGGUUUUCGCAUAUAAAUUCGACGAGAACGGCCUCCUAACGAAGCAUAAAGCCCGAAUCUGCGUUCGAGGAGACCUUCAGAAGGUUUCAAUGGAUGAGAAGUACUCGGCUACGUUAGCCGUACGCACUGCCAGGUUCGUCUUUGUAUUAGCAGCACAUUUCGACCUCGAUAUGUCACAAUGGGACGCGGUAAACGCAUUUUUGAACAGCACAUUGCCUCAGCAUGUGUAUGUGGAUCUGCCUCCUGGCCUAUACCCAAAUCAUCGAGGGCAGCAAGAAGCCUCUCGAGUACUCAAAUCCCUCGGUUUCUGCGUGGUUGACGAAGAUCUCUGCCUGUUCGUUAGAGAUGGGAUUAUCAUAAUCUUCUACGUUGACGAUUUGAUUAUGUUGAACCACAAAGGUCAGAGGAAAGAGGCUGCAGAUGUAGCCAAGAGCCUUAAUAAGGCAUGGGAACUUGCUCAAUAG